AUGUUUAAUAUUGCUAUGAAUAGAUCUGUGGGUUGUUGGGUUGCUAUUGUGGUAAGCUGUACCUCCGAUGGCAAAGCUUGUAUCUUAGCCAAUUAUUGGGGAGUAAACCUGCGUUCUACAAAUGCAGCCUAUUUAUUUUUGGUGCUAUAUGGUGACUGGGAGAAUCCAUUUUUAUAG